CCGGAGGGCGGGGUUUGGUCCUCCAGGCGGCAGGGGGAGCCCGGCCUUGGCGAGCGGUGUUAGUUUGGCUCCGGUUUUCGGGGUUUCUGGAAGCUUCCUGUGGGUUUUGGCCUCGGAUCUGAAGAAUGGGUCGGAGCAGGAGCCGUUCUCCCCGGAGAGAGCGCCGUCGCUCGAGGUCGACGUCCAGGGAGAGGGAGCGAGCCAGGAGGCGUGAGCGCUCCAGGUCACGAGAGCGAGACCGGGAGCGUAGGAGGAGUCGCUCAAGGUCACCUCACAGAAGACGGUCAAGGUCCCCACGACGACAUAAGUCGAAUUCAAUGUCACCUUCGAGGCAGAAAGAUCAGGAGUCAAAAGAGCAUGAGAUCUCGGAGGCUGACAUGGAGGGAAAAACCGAAGAAGAGAUCGAACUGCUGAAGGUGAUGGGAUUUGAUGCUUUUGAUACUACGAAGGUAAGUGUAGAUAGUUCCAAAUUGUUGACAAUUCUGUUCCCUCAGUUGCAAGGUUGAGUUUACCAGGGAAAU